AUGUUGGCCUCUCGUUAUACUUCUGGUUUAAUUCGAAACUUCUUGAAGGCUAAUUUUUCAACCUCUGACAGCCUGCGAAAAUAUGAGAACAUCGAAAAGUAUUGGAACACGAAUGCUGAAUGGUACCAAAAGCAUCAAGCGCAAUGCUCAUCUGACAUAUAUAAAAGCAUGAUUCCUUUCCUUCACCUUGACACUGCCAAAAACGUGUUAGAAGUCGGCGCUGGAAACGGAGUAGGCGCAGAAAUCAUGCUAAAUCACGCAGGCCCAGACACAAAAUUCACUUUAGUUGAUUUUUCAGAAAAACUUAUAGAUCUUGCAAAGGCGAAGAAUUUGCCAAGAUGUGAUAUAAUGCAUGUAAACUCUGACCAGCUACCGUUUCCUGGAGAAAAGUUUGAUAGAUAUGUUAGCUUGGCGACACUUGAAGAAUUAGAAAACCCAACUAGCGUUGUGAGAGAAGCUUAUAGGCUAAUUGCACCUAAAGGAGGGAUUUUAGGGAUUUCAGUCCUUGGAAGAAGGAGUUCAAGUACUUAUACAAUGAUUUUUGAAAAAGUAAGACACCAGUUUGGAAUUGAAAACCAAAUCAAGCUUAGAAGAGAACUCAGCAACCCUGGAACAUUAAAAAGGAUGCUGAAAACGGAUCCAUGUCAAAUAACCGUGGAUUUUUGACAGUGUAUAUUUCAUCGAAAUCCAUUUGGUCGAAAAUUUUUGAUAGUGCAGACAUUUAGCCGAAAAUUAACUUUUUUUCUCAUUAUCAAAAAAUUUCGAUCAAUUUUCCGCCAAAAAUUUUUCGGUGAAAUGGACACUAUCAAAAAGGCAUAGUCAUUUGACCUGCACCCGCUGAAAACUGCGGGAUUUAAUAGAGUUAUUACUUUUUAUGAACAGUAUCAUUUUCCAACUACUGACGUCGAUCAGCUAAAGAACAUCUUUUUAGAAGAGCCAGGAAUUCAAGCAGUCAUUAAAGCAGGCGGAAAAGCUGAAGUUGAACAAGCUGUCAUUGAAGAACUCAACAGUGUUAUUCAAGUCGAAGAAACUGCUUUGAAUUAUGAAGCACUUUUGGUUAUGGCUUAUAAGUAA